UCAUCAUCAAUCGUUUCCUCGUCAUUUUAUCUGAGCUCCAUCGAAAACCAAACAGCUCUCUUCGUUCUCUUUCUCUCACUAUAUCUAUAUAUAUACAUACAUAUAUACAUCUAUAUAGCUUCUCUCUCUCUCUCUUGCUGCUCCUAUUGCUAACUACCAACAAUCACCAAUGGGUUACGAAAACGAUCCGUAUGUUGAUGAAGAUGGAGAGCCAUUGAUGGACUUCGAUGAAGACGUUCAGUCCGAUACGGAACCCCAAGGAGACGAUCGCAAUCUGGUCGAUGACGAAGAAGAAGACGAUUGGCGUCGGAGAGAGAGGUCUCCGACCCCAAUUUACAACGAUUCGGAUGCGAAGUCGAAGCCUCGGAAGCGACUCAUCAAGAAGAGCACGACGGCCGAGGAGAGCACUCCUGAUUUUGGAAUUGGGGAAGAGGAUGAUGGGGAAGAAUUUGGGGAUUUUGUGAGGGGAGAGUCGGACUACGAUGAUUCCGGGGGUGGGAAGAGGAAGAAGUUUGAGAAAGAUGGUAGUGGUGGUAGUAGGAAGAGGGAGAAGAAACUGAAGUCGAAGUCGGAGGGGAGAGAUGGGUCGAAAUUCAAGUUGAAGCAAUCGGGGGAUUCGGGAGGGCGGUCGAGGGAUCAAAAUGGUGAAGAAGAGGUUAAAGAGAUGUGGGAUACUAUUGCAGGAGGUGAUUCUGAGGAAGAUCAAGAUGGUGUUGGAACCCUCGACGAUGAUAACUUUAUAGAUGACACUGGUGUUGAUCCUGCUGACCGGUAUGGAAGUGAUAAUGAGCCACGGUCUCCUGGUGAUGCUCCUCAGGCAGAAGAGGGUGAAGAUGAUGACGAGAUCAAUAACCUCUUCAAGAUGGGAAAGAAAAAGAAGAAAAAUGAGAAAAGUGCUGCAGAGGUAGCGUUGCUAGUUGAAAAUGUUAUGGCUGAGCUGGAAGUCGUGGCUGAAGAAGAUGCAGAAUUGAAUAGACAGUCAAAACCUGCUAUAAAUAAACUCAAAAAGCUACCUCUUCUUACAGAGGUUCUCUCAAAGAAGCAGCUUCAACAAGAAUUCAUAGAUCAUGGAGUAUUAACUCUUCUGAAAAAUUGGCUCGAACCCCUUCCAGAUGGAAGCUUACCAAAUAUAAAUAUUCGUGCAGCAGUAUUGAGGAUCUUAACUGAUUUCCCAAUUGAUUUAGAGCAGUAUGAUAGAAGAGAACAACUGAAGAAGAGUGGUCUUGGGAAGGUUAUUAUGUUUUUGUCAAAAUCUGAUGAGGAGACUACAGCCAACAGAAAACUUGCGAAAGAUUUGGUUGAUAAAUGGAGUCGACCAAUAUUCAAUAAGAGCACAAGGUUUGAGGACAUGAGAAACUUUGAUGAUGAGAGGGUUCCCUUUCGGAGGCCAUCAGUGAAAAAGCCAUCAAAUAAAUCUUCAGGUAUGGAAUCUAGAGAUGAUGAUCUGGAUUUGGCUGAAUUUUCACAGGAACCAAAGUCUGGCCAGUCAUCUUCCAGGACACAUGCUUCAAGGCCUGAAGCAAUGCCACUGGAUUUUUUGGUUCGGCCGCAAUCUAAGAUUGAUCCAGAUGAAAUCAGGGCCCGUGCUAAGCACAUUGUGCAAGAUCAGCGCCGUUUAAAGAUGCAAAAGAAGUUGCAACAGCUGAAAGCACCAAAGAAGAAGCAGCUUCAAGCUACAAAACUUAGUGUGGAGGGUCGCGGUAUGGUCAAAUACUUAUAGUUGUCUCACUCGUUGAGUUCCUAAGCAAGAAGAGUGCAUUGCAUGUGCUUAAUAAUUGAUUUGAGCGGCUGUUGAGUUGGGCUGGAAAAGGCGAGAGGGUAUCAUUUUGAGCAAUUUUUGUUUGGCUACAUCAAUUGCCUUGUCAAAGAGGUCACUCUCUUCUCUUUUGGGUCUGCAGCUUUGUGCAAUGAAUGGGCUGUGCAAUAUAUACUCCUUAUGGCAGCAGUUCUGCAGAAGCUGAUUCCUUGAUUGUUGGUUAUUUCAUUCAUGGUUUUUAAGAUUUUCAUUGGGAUGUAAUCUUAACACACGUUAAAGUAGUCUGUCACGACCCAUUUUCUUUUCUCAUCAAUAAUACCAUAAUUUGGUAAGAAUUGAGCUUAAAUUUAUCCAUAAUAUAUGGGACAAAAAGUUCUUAAUUCUAUUGAAUAUGGCAUGUUCACUGAUUCAUAGGCCUUUGCAAAAAUAGUGAAGAAAACUGUUUAAGUUGUCAGCUAAAGUAUGGUUGUAUUACUAGUUAUUACAUUGAAUCGCUAACUAUUGCUGUAA